AUGACGUCUAUAGAAGAUUGCUUGUCUAGAACUCAAUCUGUGUGCCACAGACAACGCGAUUCAUGCGAUGGAGUCGACUUUACUGAAGAUAAAAGGCCCUCAUCAGACGACAGUUCUAGUGCCAGUAGCAGCGCUUCAUCUUCAAGACGAGGCUCGGCCGAGUCCCCGCGAUCAACGAGACGCCAGUUGAAGGUGCUUAAGGUUCGAAAGGUUAGCAAAGAAAACAUUUCUCAAUUUCAACAGAACGCUGCGUACAUGAUGUCCCUGGGCAGGCAGCCAGGGCUAAAAGACGUACGUGAAAGUCCCAGUGGUCCACACGAAAACUUAAGCGCUGUUGGAAAUCGCCAGACUGCUUUUAGACCGGUGAAAGCCACACGGUGAAGAUGUUAAGUCGGUUUUCCACUAGCGAUAAUUUUCGCGCGAAGCGACAUUUUACUUUUGUUUCAGAGCUUUCAAUUG